AGUCAAUACCUUGACCUCGAUUGUCGAUUUGAUUGAGAAUUGAAAUCAAACCAUUUCCACAGUGGAUUUAUUUCUUAGUUUAUUAUACAUGAUUUAAAUUUUCAUAUUAUCUUUAAAGUUGUUUCCAUUAGGUAAUAUUAAAAUGGCUGUUUCGAGUGGAACAUCGUUUCUGCUGUCUUCAAUUCUGACCGUGCUGCUGUUCUCCGGAAUGCAAAUGUACCGCCAAUGGCUGUCUUCCUCUCAGCUACAUACAAUAUUUGGAGGCUACCUUGGAUCUCUUCUGUUUAUACUGUGUCUUACUGCUGUUGGUAAUAUUGAGUCAGCGGUUUUUGGCAAGACAUUCCAGACCAAGCUUUUUCCUGAGGUAUUGGUCUGUCUUUUCGCCGCGCUUUUUGCCUCGGGGAUGGUUCACAGAGUUUGUACGACUACAUGCUUACUAUUCUCAUUGGUUGCACUCUACUUCAUCAAUAGAAUAUCUCAGCAAACGCAUACGAUGCCUGCUCCGGUUCACAGUGUGCAUCCGCAGAAAAAGAAAAAGUGAAUGUUUCAGAUGCCAGUGUCUCAAAACAAACUUCAGUUCUCAAGUCAGUCAUGUCACAAACAUGUCCCAGUAAUAUAAUAAUGUGUAAUCCAUUACUCUGACUACAAGUCACAAAUUUAAUAGUCACUAUACAUUCAGUAUUUUCAAGCACAGUAUUCAACGAUUCUGAUAACACUGUAUUUAUUAUUUUCAUUCAUUUGUACGAACACUCGUCAUUGAAAUUCUAAUGUUCCUCAUGUGUAAUUCCAAUUGACAUUGAAACAAAACACUUUAAUAUUCCGUAAUUUGCGAUGAAUACUAUUAUUAUCUUAAUGAAUAUUAAGUUAUAUUAUCUUAAGCUGCGUUUACACCGGAGUUAAUAACAAAUGUUCUCAAAAUUUUUGUUAUUAAUUGAUGUUAAUAACAAAAUUCAUUAACAUGUUAAUAACAUUUUAUUUUGCUGCUAGUUUUGAUAUCAAAAAUCAGUGGGAGUGCUAGGUUAAAAGAUCUGCAUGAAGAUGAUCGUGACCCUCUUUCAGGCGAGCUAAUUCAAGUGACGGAAGCAUUAAGAAUUUCCUCCGCAUGACCAGCUGUGAUGUUGAGUGGGUUGAUCGGACAACUGCGGCACAGAACUGGGAAAAAGGACACCAACCACCAACUAUUAGUCGGGUCCCAUAGCACCGGGUGCUCAUCCUGCUUCCAUUCACCCUCCAUUCUAUUUAUUGAAAAAUAGACAAAAACAGUCUGUUUAGGUCAGCAAUAGAUCUUCACAUCCACAAAAUAGACCAACACAUGUGUUUACGUGCUUCACCUGCUGCUGUAGUUGGUAGGGAACACUGGUGCGCUAUGUGUAGCUGUGUGUGCUGUGCUGUGCGAGGGUGUUGCGGGGAAGAGAGGAACCUGUUAUUAACAAAAGUUACCCACUCUCGAUGGAUAACAUAAAUCUUGUUAAUAACCAGGAAUUUUUCGUUAAAAAGACAAGUUAUUAACUUUUGUUAAGAUAAAUUUUUGAUGAUUCAGUCAAGUUAAUAACUCGCCUGUGUAUGCAGCUUGUUGAUAUUCACUUCAAACAGUAGGCAUUUCUUAAUAAUAGCAUCAAUACUCCUCAUUAAAAUAAUGCUGACAUAUUGAUGCAAAUCUUGCUAUAUUCGAUCAGAUGUUAAUGAUCACACACCUGUUUCAAUUUAAAUUAUUUUGAAGAGAUUUUUUUAUCCCGGCUGUUAUAUUAUAUGAAUACUCUCAUUAAAUGAAAUCAUAUGGAAGUCAAUAAAUCAUAUUGAUAACAUAAUCUUGUUAAUAACAUGGGAUUUUCUGUUAAAACACAAGUUAUUAACUUUUGUAAGAUAAUUUUUUGACGAUUCAGUCAAAUUGAUAACUUUUGUUAAUAACUCGUGUUAUUAACUCCGGUGUAAACGCAGCUUUAAUAUAUAACAAUAACAUGUCAAGUACCUAGAAGAUUUAAGAAGUACAGUAUAACUCCCAUAUACGCUUAUUCCGUCAGAUUGAAAUUUUUAAGGAUAUCUGCUGCGUUUUCUUCAGGAUAUUUUGAUAUCAGUUCCUCUUCAUUACAUACUAGCAGGUAACCCGUGCUCCGCGAGGAUCUAAUUAACAACUUGACAAACUCAAAUUUUGAAGAAUUUGAAAUAGGCCUAUAACCAUCCUUGGUGAAUUAAGGAUCAAUAUGCAAAACUUCAAGUUAAUCAGUCCAGUAGUUCAGAUGAGAUAAUGCGUAAUUCGUGAAUUUUGUAUCCCGUAUGUGUAUAAGCCAAUUCUUUCCUUUAUUAUAUUAUAGAUGUACAGUACAUAGCAUCUCGGCUGUUCAGAGUGGUUUUUUAUACAACUUAGUAAUAGUAUUCAAUAUAAAUCGAAUUUUAUUACCAGUACAACCUCAUCAGUAUAUCAAUAAAAUAAUUUAUUGAUCUUCAUUGUUGAUCUCAAGAGCAUAAAUUUCUUGGAUUCAGUAUUAAUAAUAAUUAUUGAUGGAUACAAUUUUAACCAUCUUUAACGCUUCGAAUAAUCAAUAAAUUUUUUUUUGAAUUGAAACGAGCAAACAAGCACUAAUAGUUAAAACCACGUGACUCGAAUUUAUUUCAGUGAUUAAUUUAAAUUAGAAUAAUUUAUUAGUUUUGUGAGUUGAUCUCUGAAAUUUAAUCUAAUUACAUAUGGUUCAAUAUUAAUGUCGUUAAUAAAGUAACACAAAAAUCACAAGUUAAAAUAAUAAAAACUAUUAAUAAUUUAAAAGAGCCUAUUUAAAUUAGAAUAAAUAAUAGUUUUGAUGGAUAGCCUACAAUUUCAACCAUCUUUACCGCUUCGAAUCCGGUAAUCAGUAUACUUUUUUUUAAUAGAAACGAGCAGACAAGCACUGAUAGUUGGAACACGCGACUCGAAUUAAUUUCAGUGACAUAUUCAUUUAAAUUAGAAUAGUCUAAUGAGUUAAGUUAAUCUCUGAAAUUUAAUCUAAUUAUACAUGUGGUCUAACAUUAAUGUCGUUAAUCAAGUACAUCAAAAACCACAAAUUGUAGCUAAUCUUCUCAGACACGUGCAAUAUGAAAACUAAUGUUAAAUUAUGUAUCCUGUAAGUAGGUGUUCCAUGUACCAUUAAUAAACAUUCUUCUCGUUUCCACCCACCGAUUAUUGAAAUUGAUAAGCAUGACAAAUUCUUUAUUCAUUCUUAUUCUCACAAGAGAGGACUGACUGGGAGAGAAAAACUAAGGAUACUCCUUGUAUGUACUAUUUCUCUCCCAAAUCUAGAUUACAGUUUGAAAGUUCGAAAUAUUUAGACUAUUAUAAAUUAUUCAGACUAGGUAUUUGUUUCUACUUUCAAUCUUCCAUAAUUUUUAAUCAUAUUCUAUCAUAAUGUACUUUAAUUUACCAUGUAUUUUUGAAUAAAAUAUCAUACAGAAACAA